GUCGUCAUCGUGAAUCGUCAGCUGGUCCAUUCUGCUCCAUUGGAACGAGUUUCCUCGUAUGAGUUGUAGUGCUCGUAUCACUCGCUGAUAUGGGAACACCGUGAGGAAUAUUCGCCAGAUGGCCGAAGAGUUCGAACAAACGGGUCUCCUCGGCCCGAAAGAGUGGCUCGCGAUUCUAGCGGUCGCAAUCGCAGUGUAUAUAUACCGGAAAUUCCAAAAUGCUCUGGCUCCUUCAUCCGGGAGUGUCGGGAACAAUUCCGCUACCGCUCAAGCAAUUUCCGACGAUGACAUCCGGCGGAGGAAUAUGCAAGAAGCUCGGAGGAGACUCAUUGAGGAAAGCGAAAGGAAAAUCGAAGAAAACCGCGAAAAGUUGAAGGAGAAGGAAGAACAGAAGCGCCGUGAACAGAUCGAACGCAACGAGAAGCUUCUCGAUGUAACGAAAAAGAAGCCGCCCGGUGACUCGAAAUCCUUCAGAAGGGAAUACAACCCCCUGAUGGGGGACGGUGGGUCCUGCUCUUGGCGACCAGCGAAAAAGAGCUCCGCUAGGGGAGGAUGAGGUUAACCGAGGGUGGUCGGAAGAGCAGCCGUAGGUGAUUCACUCGGGCAGAGAUGAGGUGUACCCUUUGUUGCGACCAGAUCUUGCUGCAAGCAGCAUCGGUAUUCUGCCAAGUGUGAAUUUUCGAUGGAGAGAACCCAACGAGCUGCAAAUUCCCCCACCAACAAUGCGACCCGUGGGUCGUUCCGGGGUGGAAUAUCCGCGAAUGUUAUGAUGUCAUUGCCGUAAAGGCGUAAAGUUCAGGCAAUGAUUGAUGGUUCACGGUUCUCCGCCGCACAUCUGUAUAUAACUUGAAUUUCGAAAUCUCUCUGUGGUCACGUAACGCCAAGGAUCUGAAGGGUCGCUUCGUUCCGUCAGUUUUCUCGCGAGAGAAACUGAUCGCUACCCGUCAUUGGAAUGAGCCUUGCUGUAUAUU